CAAUGUUAAAAUUUGAACUUUUAAAUAUUUUUUUAUUUCAACAUCCUAAAGAUAGACUUGACGAAGAAUUGGAUACAAAUCAAAUUUAUGUUAUUAGAGGUGAUCAAUUUUUUGACAAGCCUGAGGAUGAGACGGAAGAAUAUUUUGUUUCUGAGCCGCAUGAAUUCGAUUAUUGUGACUAUUGGAAUAUCCCUGAAUUGCGCUACAACCGGAACAAAUUCUUUUCUGAUGACAAUUGUUUUGGAACGAAGCGGUUUAUUGAGUAUCGUGAUUUUUUAGAAUUUGGAUUCGACAUCAAGGACGAAUUGCGUAUGAUGAGGGUGAAUUCUACUUUUCAAUUCAAUACGCUGAUGAGGAUGCUUCGACUUCAGGAACAAGAUUUGCGUGAUCAGGGACGAGAUGUGCGUGAACUUCUAGACCGAAUGGGACUUCUUGAAUACCGUGUGGGACGAAUUGAGGCUCAUCUUAGAAUUGGAGAUGUUGCAAAUGCAAUUAUUGUUGCUCGUGGAGUUCCAGACAAUGCUGCUGGUGGUGGCGUCCCAGCUAAUGCGGCUGUGGUAGCUGCCCCAGCUGGUGGUGGUGGACAAGCUAAUAAUGUAGCUGCUGCUCCAGUUAAUCGUGUUGACCCAGUUGAGAAUGGCCUUAAUAAUUGA